CUCAGUUUUGGAUGACAGAGGCUGCUUUGCGUUUAAUACAACGCGACGCCACGGUCAUUAGCAAUUAUUUACCAACGCAAACAAGGUGCAACUUGAAACUGCGAGAACAUUUUCGUGUGUUUUUUUUUUUUUUUUUUGUGCAAGUAGUGCAUUACACGGAAGGCAAGUGAACGCACCAAUAUUUGAGAUUAGUCAGGUUGACAGAGAAGGUCCGCAGCAGCUAUACUGCACACACAAAUCUACUCAUUCAAACUACCGGACUACUGCUCAUCAUCUCGCAGGCUCUCAUCGCGUCCGUAAAGGAGGAUGGACUGGAUAAACUGAGUCACACAUCCCCCCUGAGAGACGGAACAAUCAAGAACAAUCUAUCGGAGCCGCGCCUUUUCCUUGUUCUACUUGUGGUGUGACGGGACCCGCUGACUUCAAAGAUCAGGACAAGUGCAAGCAAUACUGGACAUGGAGGACUAUGAAGUUCGCUCAGCUGCCAGCAUCCUGGCGUCAGUGAAAGAACAGGAGGCCCGUUUUGAGCAGUUAACCCGAGCCCUGGAGGAGGAGCGUCGGACUCUGCAGCUUGGGCGGGCCAAUGCGCCACCCAACCCUCCCACCAGCCAACCGUUAGCAUGGCAGCAAGUGGUGAUGCAGGAGCAGAGCCCCAGCAACGCCACUUCUCUGGCCAUGAUGCAGGAGCCGCCGGAAGUGGUGGAGGAGACGGUCACCAUAGAGGAGGACCCCGGGACCCCGACUUCCCAUGUUUCGGUGGUCACCUCUGAUGACGGGACCACACGCCGCACAGAAACCAAGGUGACCAAAAUGGUGAAGACGGUGACCACACGAACUGUGCGUCAGGUUCCUCUUGGCCCUGAUGGCUUGCCGAUGCCUGAGGGUUCAUCCCCAUUGGGAAGCUACACCGAUUCAAUUGACCGGCGCUACAUCAAGAACGGUGGCGAUCGCUUCAUCACACCUCAAGCCUCAUCCACCUUGACACGCUCCUACAACAACUCCUACAAUGAUUCUUAUGGUGAAACGCCAGAGAGUCAGUACAUUCGCCAUUACGGUCUGCAUGAUGGCUACGCUGAUUUGACGGAGAACUACGGCAGCCUGUCACGAGGCAUCAACUUCCGUCCUCCUCGCUACCCCUACAUGCCUAAUAGUUACCGGCCAGAGAACAGCUAUACACUGCCCAUUCGUAAGGAUGACUAUGGCCACGUGGCCCAACCCCAGGUGCCCAUGGGUAGCAGCACUGUGGACCUGAACCGCUCCCAGCCCGAGCGCUUUCAGGCCGAACCAUAUGGCCUGGAAGAUGAUCGCCGCAGCUUCGGCCCUGAGGACGAGGAGCCAUAUGAGCUCGAACCUGACUAUUCCACGGCUAACCGGCGCACACUAAAAGGAGCCAACCGGGGUCGCACCCACCGGGAACCACUUCGUGAUGGGCCCAGAGUCAGAGGCUACCCAGAUGAGCCCAUCGAUACAGAGCAUGUUGAUGACCGCCACACGUACAUCCAUGGCAUAUAUUGUGCGCCACUGGCGCAGCCAGAGCGAGGGAGCAUGGCCAGUCUGGACCGUAUGGGUGGUCGACGUUCACCCUCAAUUGACAGCAUUCGUAAGGAUCCGCGUUGGCGUGACCCAGAUCUACCAGAAGUCAUUGCCAUGUUGGGCCACCCCAUCGAUCCUGUCAAAUCCAAUGCUGCUGCCUAUUUGCAGCACCUGUGCUAUGAAAACGAUAAAAUCAAAAAGGAUGUGCGCCAGCUGAAGGGAAUUCCUGUUCUGGUGGGGCUCCUGGACCACCCCAAGUCUGAGGUCCACCGCAAGGCUUGUGGAGCCUUGCGCAACAUCUCCUAUGGCAAGGACAAUGACAAUAAGGUGGCCAUCAAAAAUUGCGAUGGCAUUCCUGCCCUCAUUCGCCUCCUGAGGAAGACGAAUGACAUGGAGGUUCGAGAGCUCAUCACUGGGACUCUUUGGAACCUGUCCUCCUACGAACCCUUGAAGAUGGUCAUCAUAAACCACGGUCUCCAAACAAUGACCAAUGAGGUCAUUAUCCCACACUCCGGAUGGGAGCAUGAACCAAACGAGGACUCGAAGCCACGUGAUGCAGAAUGGACCACCGUCUUCAAAAACACUUCGGGGUGCUUGAGAAACGUGAGCUCAGACGGGGCUGAGGCACGGCGCAGACUGAGGGAGUGUGACGGAUUAGUGGAUGCCCUGCUACAUGCUCUCCAAUCAGCUGUAGGGAAGAAGGAUAUGGAUAAUAAGUCUGUGGAAAACUGUGUCUGUAUUAUGCGGAACCUGUCCUACCAUGUCCACAAAGAGGUACCGGGGGCCGAAAGGUUUCAGGACCCGUCAGCGCCACAGGCCCCUGGCUCUGCAGGGCCACAGAGGAAGAAGAAGGAUGAUGCUGGCUGCUUUGGAGGGAAAAAGGCCAAAGAGGAAUGGUUUAAUCAAGGUAGAAAAAAUGGUGAGAAUGACAAAAACUACGACACACUGGAUCUUCCGAAGCGUACUGAGCCGACAAGAGGUUUCGAGCUUCUUUAUCAACCAGAAGUGGUGAGACUCUAUUUAUCGCUGCUUACCGAGAGCCAAAACUUCAACACCCUGGAGGCUGCUGCUGGGGCUCUGCAGAACCUUGGUGCUGGGCAAUGGACUUGGUCCAACUACAUCCGGGCCACAGUGCGUAAAGAGAAAGGUCUCCCUAUACUGGUGGAGCUGUUGCGCUCCGACUCUGACAAGGUAGUCCGAGCUGUGGCUAUCGCCCUGCGCAACCUCUCCAUCGACCGCCGCAACAAGGACCUAAUUGGAAGUUAUGCAAUGCGGGACUUGGUCAGUAAUUUGCCCAGCGGCCAGCAGCGGCCAGCCAAGAAUUUGGAGGAGGAUACUGUGGUGGCCAUCCUCAACACCAUCCACGAGAUUGUCACAGACAGUUCCGAAAACGCCCGAUCUCUUAUUCAGGCCCAGGCCAUCGAAAAGCUCGUCGCCAUCAACCGGACCAGCCAAUCAGCCAGAGAGACAAAGGCCGCAUCUCACGUGCUGCAGACCGUGUGGAGUUAUAAGGAACUAAGGAACGCUUUGACAAAGGAUGGCUGGAACAAGAGCCAUUUCCAGCCCAUGGUGACAGCAACCCCAAAAGGAACCACCACAUUGUGCAAUGGAGUUGACCACCCUUCUCCGACCUCAUUAGAUGGUUACUCCAGCAUUGACCAAAGGGACAAAGACUGCAAAUACAAGACAGGCGACAGUUCAGUGGACUUGACAGAGCGGGAGCCAUUAAAGAAUGACACAAGUAGGAAACACUAUAUCAGGAGUAACAGGCCUGGGGUCAGUCUGGUGGACGCUUGUGAUGUUAAGCCACAGCCUGUUGAUUCCUGGGUCUAAAUGCAUGCAUGGCCUAAAACAGCGACAGAGUGAGACCGCAGGAGGAUCUCUCACAUCACCACUGCCAUUUCAGACGGAACUUGUUUGGAGUAGAACUUUGUACAGAUAAAGGAUUAGAAAAAAAUAGUAACAAUCACAAUCGGAACGACGACUACCCAGCAGCAGCCAGCAGUUUUGCUUUUCAAAGAAAAAAAGUUAACAAUGAAAAAAGAUAUGGAGUGACUAUUUCUACUACUUUUACAUUUCUACAUUCCCACUGGACAGCAUGUGAAUUCUACAGUGUUGACCUUAGUUGUGAUCUUCAGUUGACAUCCAGGCAUUCAAGGUUGACAAUGGCAAAGAAAUGGAUGUGAGAUUGAGACGAGGGGACGACAAAGGGGAAAUGAAGGUGUGUUGAAAGGAAACAAGUGACAAGGAGGAAUACUUUCGGUUUGGCUUUAUUUUCAAUAUGGCCGUUUCAGAAGUUGUGGUAUGUUGUCAGUUAUUUCAGUUUGUUGUGUGAGUUUAAUAUUUUGGAUGUGGGCUGGUGCGGGUUGAUUGAUUGAUAUGUCACUGGAUGUUAGUUUGGGUUCAGGCGGGGGUGUUAAGGGAAAGGAAGCUGAAGCAUCGUGGUUAAACAUGCACCCCAAAAUUCAUCAACCCACACACAGCCCAUUUGGUUCACCGUGUUUCAAGAAAGCUGCACUGGAAUGCUUUGGAAGUAGGAGGUUUGUUUUAGAAAGUGAGGAUUCUGCAAGUUGUGCUCUGGACAAUAGAAGGUGAUGGUGAGUGGGCAACGUAUGGAGCAACAUCUCAACAACUGCUUGAUGUAAAUGAACAACACCUCCACAGAUGUUCGUCACCAUGGUAGGAAAGCAGUCAGCUUGACAACACAGUCUCUUGGGUUUCUUGAUCAAUGGCUCUCUGUUUUAUUUUGAUGAAAGGAAAUGAGGCUUUUUUGUCUAUAAAGAUAUUCUUUGUGGUGGCGAGAAGACAGAAUAUAAUUAUUUUGUUUAAAGAAAAAAAAAGAUCUUAACCCAUUUUCUGAUCUCUUAGUAUGUUAUGACCACAUUAUUUGGAAAACACAUUGGAUCGGUGUGCCAGUUACACAGGCCAUCACUUAUUUAUAUAUUGUAAGCAAAAAGGAUUUUAACAAUGAUUGCAGUGUUGUUUCAUGAGACCAAAAUACAGGUUUUAUGAGUCAAGGGUCAGAGGUCAGGUUAUAAAUACAAUUUUUGCUAUUCCUUCAUUUUUCUUCCUACUGUGUUACAAUCAAGCACUCAUGAGUGCUUCUUGAAGUAAAAUAUUCUUGUCAGCAUGAAAAAAGUGUACAGAUGUUCAUAUUCUUUUUAAGUGCCAUGUUUUUUUUCUGUUUUUGUGAUAUCAACUAAUCCAUCAACAUGGAGCAAAAGAACAGCAGAAUGGAUACAACUCUUUAAUGGCAAACUGAAAGGUCACACUGUAUAAAGUCAAGGACAGAAAAAAAAAAAAGAAGUCAUAGUAUAUAUUUUUUACAAAGUUUCAGGGUGGACAACGUUGACUUGAAAAAAAACAGAGUGACAUCAAGUAAAUUUGCCAUUUCCCUUGUGCUUGGUAAUACCACACACAAACAUCCAUGCUAGUGUGUUCUCCAGCGUCAGUUUCUCAGAGUCAGCACAUACCGGAGACGGAAAUUCCGCAUCACUUGUGUCCUCCUGGCAAAUGGCAUGUGCCUGCAUUGAUGUUUUUCUUUGUGACGUGAUUUUAUAAAAGCUUGCGUUUACACAGUGUUUACAAAGGUGUGUGUUGUGGUAAAAUUCAAUAAACUACAAAUAAAUGUAUAACUCUUAAUUCCAGAGGUUAAAAACAUAUACCCUGCAUUCUUUUUUUUUUUUUUUUUUUUUUUUAUGUGCCCCCAAAACUGUGUUUCCAUUGGACUGUACUGAAGUAACUUGAGGGGAGGGGGACAUCACGGGCUGUCUCUGACUGCCUCUGCAGCACCACAACCAAAGGAAUUGUAUUUAACAUUCAUUAAAAGAGUUUAUUGGCUUUCUGGUUGUGUGAAACAGUGAUCAAAUGAAAAGCCACACAACUGGACUGUUAAAUACAAAAGGACACAGGCACACGUUGAAUCAGUCGUCCCCGUGUGGACAGAACUGAUUCAAGUUUGUCAAAAUCAGCGUACAUCUCAGUAGCCAACGUGUUGUAUGCCUAUCAUGUGCCUUAAUCUUUUUCCAUGCUAGAUAAAAAUGUGUGUUUUGUAUGACGUUAUUCCUCCCCUCCAACUGCCAGAUUUCCAGAAGCUGCCGGCCUCCCCUUUGCCUCCUUCCAUCACGCGCUUGUAUCGUUCUGUCUCCCACACCUUCCCAAGUAAUUUAGAUCGGCGUUGGGUUUCUGCCUUGUAAUAGAGUGUACAAUAAACGUUUACAAAAGUGCAAAAGUUAGACUCGUUCAAGAUGAUUUUGGGUUUUUUCCCCCCCUAGAAGAGUUCAGUUGCUAAAACUUUAGUAGCCAGCAUCAGCGAUGCCACAGUGACAGAAUGUAUUACUUUAAUUUUACUAAUACCCACAUACAAAUAUCAAGCUUGUUCAACAUAACAAAAACAUGAUGGUUUGUAGAAUAUAUAUUUGGUGUGUUUUCAAUAAAUCAUGCCUGGAAAGAA